UGGCACCAUGAAACAUGAGGAUAUGGUUCCUUAUCCCAAAAUCUAGCUCGUUCUCUCUCUCGUUUUCACACUUCUCAUAGACUGGUGAAGAACUCCCUGGUUUCUCCUUCCUCUCAUCACGCUGAUGGAUGCCAUUCUUACCCACCACUCCUCACUCUCCCCCAAGCCUCCACUGUCGACCCUUUCCUCCAAUCUCACCAAAUGCCUCCCCUUUACCAUCCACAUCCCUCCAUCCACGAGUUUUGCUGGCACUGGCACUUCCGCCAACAUCCAGAGGCUAUACUCUGCCAUCCAUAAGAACCACCAAUCUUUCAUCCCCAGGACUUCUACGACACAAAAUACGAGCGUCCAAGAGGAUGAAGAAGCGUAUGGAGAAGUGAAGGGGAUCAUAGGGAGCAGGGUGGUCGAAGGCCCUAGAAUGGAGUACCUCAUCGAGUGGAAAGACGGGCACACACCCUCUUGGAUUCCUUCCCAGAACAUCGCGAAGGACGUCAUCGCGGAGUACGAGACCCCCUGGUGGACGGCCGCUAAGAAGGCCGACGAGGCUGCCCUGCGUUCCCUCCUUUCCCAGGAAGGCGGCUCCCUCCGCGACGUCGACGCUGUCGACGAGAACGGCCGAACGGCGCUCAUGUUCGUCACCGGGCUGGGUUCGGAGGAGUGCAUCCGGCUGCUAGUGGAGGCCGGCGCGGCGUUGGAUUGGCAGGACGAGGUGGGAUUUACAGCACUGCAUAUGGCAGCCGGGUACGUGAAGCCGGGAGCAGUCAGGACGCUUCUGAAGUGUGGGGCAGACCCAGAAUUAGAGGACCAAAGAGGGCGAACGCCGGGGAAGCUCGCGAAAGAGCUGCUGGAGCAGACGCCGCGGGCGAAUCCCGUGCAAUUUGCCCGGCGAUUGAGCCUCGAGUCUGUAAUCAAGGAGCUCGAAGGGGCGAUAUUUGAAUUCGCAGAAGUGGAGCAAAUUGUGGGGAAGAGGACUAAUGGCCGGAGAAAGGAAUACUUGGUGCUGUGGAAGGAUGGAGGAGACAAAGAAUGGGUGGAAGAGAAGUUUGUUGGGGAAGAUCUUGUGAGGGACUACGAGGCUGGGCUGGAGUACGCCGUCGCUGAGGCGGUGCUAGGGAAGAGGGAGGGCAGCGAGGAAGGGAAGUGGGAGUAUCUGGUGAAGUGGGAGGACGUGGAAGAGCCAACUUGGGAGGAAGCGGAGAACAUCGACCCGGAGCUGGUGGCGGAGUUUGAGCGGCAGCAUGGUGAAGCCCCGGCUCCUGGGGAGGUUACUGGUGUCGAAGGUCAGACGGAUGGCUGAUUGUUUGAUUCCUUGCAACUUGGCAAGGAUUUCGGAAUUGUUUGGUACCUCCUUUUUUCUUGUAGUGGAUCAAUUUUUGUGCUGUGAUGGAUGGGAGAGAUGUAUACAAACGCAAUGUGGAAUGACAACGAGCCUUUCGGGGCUAUUUUGUUAGUAUA